UGUUUCUUUAGGGGGAAAUGGUAACUAACUUAUGGUGAGGUUAUACCAGGAGUGUGCUAAGUCUCUACGCGUAUACUCACUCCUGGGUCUUGUGGCUAAAGCAGGAACCCCUAGAUGAAGUUUUAACAGGUUCACUUUGCUUUAAUAUAUUUAGUCAAUGUAACGUGAUGCCCACUCAAAACUUCCCAACGUCUUCAAAUCCGCUUGACUUUGGCUCCGGGCACUUUAUAAUCUUAUCUUUAUAAAUAUACACACCAGUAGCGGUGUUAAACACGAGGGUGAAGUUUAGACUGGUUUCUAUUUUAAAUUCUAUUCCAAACUUUCUCUGUACUGGAUUUCCAUAUUGGCCCGACUAAAGCAGGAAGAUGAACUGGGGACAGCUGCACCUUAUUCUGGGAGGAGUCAACAAAUCCUCGACCAGCAUUGGAAAAAUCUGGCUCACGGUGAUCUUCGUCUUCAGGAUCAUGAUUCUGGUGGUGGCGACGGAAAGCGUUUGGGGUGAUGAGCAGUCGGACUUCGUCUGCAAUACCCUACAGCCCGGCUGCAAGAACGUGUGCUACGACCAGUUUUUCCCAAUGUCUCACAUCAGACUCUGGUGCCUGCAACUCAUCUUCAUCUCCACCCCCGCCCUGCUCGUCUCGCUGCACGUCGCCUACAAGCAGCAGGAAGAGAAGAGGUCCCUGGAGAAACGGCAAGGGUACCUGAAGAAGGAGGAGGUGGAUGCCUUGAGGAAACGGAAGCUGCGGAUUGUUGGCGCUUUCUGGUGGACCUAUGUCACCAGCAUCUUCUUCCGCAUCAUCUUCGAGACGGUCUUCACUUACAUGUUGUAUUUCCUGUACGGUGGGUUCCGGAUGGCCCGCCUGGUCAAGUGUAGCUCCUGGCCCUGUCCCAACAUCGUCGACUGUUUCAUUUCCAGGCCCACGGAGAAGACUGUGUUCACCAUUUUCAUGGUGGUGGUUUCUGGCGUCUGCGUGCUGUUGAACGUGGCCGAGUUGUUGUACCUGAUGGCUAAGGCGUGCUCUCGGCAGGCUUGCUGCGCCAGCAGGCAUCACCACCCCAGCCACCUGUCCAGGAGGCAAGAGAACCAACAGAACGAGGUGAACGAACUGCUCUCCAUCGAUGCCCACCGACAGAAAGCGACCUUGGAGCUGACCAAGCCCCCUCCGCUCACCCAUUGCACUGACUAAGCGGGGUGAGUGGGUGAUUACAGCGGGGCACAAGGGUUGCAUCUUUCACCUUCCAAGAGUUUGAUGCCGCCUUGGUUUGAACUUGCAGUUGACGCGAACAGUCAACGUACCCGGCAGGUGCUCCGAGCGCACAAUAGACACUAAUUUAACACUUUUUU